CAGCUCUCCCUGCCUCCCCUUUCGUUAUUCCCCAGGAGGCUGACGGAUACCCUCCUCUCGUUUCUGCCAAAGGUGUGGGAAGUAACUGGCGGCGGGUCAGUACUCCCACCCAAACGGAGAUAGGAUUCUCCAGUACUGGGUGAAAAGGGACCCUGUCCUUUUAAAGGGAGGCUCCGCCUCCUCGAAAAGGGAGGAGCGGAUUGGCUAGCGCCCUGCCCGGAAGUGAACCUGUUUAGCCACGUGUGCAUUCAGUCCCACAUGGCGGCCCUGCUACUGGGGCUGCUCCAGCUCCGUUUGGCCCGAGCUCCCUGGGGGGCGGGGCGAUGGCGUGGGUACUGUGGGGGCUCUGGACCGCAGAGCUCCGCUGUGAGAGUCAGGUUCGCCCCGAGCCCCACAGGCUUCAUGCAUUUGGGAGGCCUACGCACUGCCUUGUACAACUACAUCUUUGCCAAGAAAUACAAAGGGAGUUUCAUCUUAAGGUUGGAAGACACAGAUCAAACCCGUCUAGUGCCUGGGGCUGCUGAGAACAUCGAGGACAUGUUGGAAUGGGCAGGAAUUCCUCCUGAUGAAAGCCCUCGGCGUGGAGGUCCUGCUGGACCUUACCAGCAAUCUCAACGCCUCGAGCUCUACGCACAAGCCACUAAGGCACUGUUGCAGACUGGAGCUGCUUACUAUUGCUUCUGUACCCCCCAGCGCCUGGAGCUGCUGAAAAAAGAGGCCCUAAGGAACCAUCAGAUACCCCGGUAUGACAAUCGGUGUCGAUUCUUGAGUGCUGAACAUGUAGCCAGGAAAUUGGCAGCAGGUGACAAGCCAACUGUCCGCUUCCGCCUGGAGGAGGGAGCUGAGACUUUCCAAGACCUGGUACAUGGCUGGAACCAACAUGAAGUUGCUAAUGUUGAGGGUGACCCUGUGAUCCUCAAGAGCGAUGGCUUCCCCACCUAUCAUUUGGCCUGUGUGGUGGAUGAUCAUUAUAUGGGCAUCAGCCAUGUUCUUCGGGGCACUGAGUGGCUUGUCUCUACUGCCAAACAUCUCCUUUUAUACAGGGCCCUGGGUUGGGAACCACCCCACUUUGCCCAUUUGCCUCUGCUUCUCAAUAAGGAUGGCAGUAAGUUGUCCAAGCGUCAAGGAGACAUCUUUUUGGAACACUUUGCUUCAGCUGGCUUUCUCCCAGAGACUUUGUUAGACCUCAUCACCAAUUAUGGCUCAGGAUUUGCAGGGAAUCAGAUGGGGAGGACACUGCCAGAGUUGAUAGAACAGUUUGACUUAAGUGGGAUCAGCACUCAUUCAGCCCUGCUGGAUCUGGAGAAACUUCCUGAAUUCAACAGGCUGCAUUUGAUUCGAUUGUUGAAUGAUAAGCCUCGGAGGCUCCAGUUUGUGAAGAAGCUUCAGGCCAUGGUGAAAGAUGUAUAUGGAAAACAAUUGGAGGACAAGGACGUCCUCAGUGAGGAAUACAUAGAGAGAAUCCUUUUGCUGGGACAGGGGCGCAUCAGUCGCUUACAGGACUUGGUCUCACCAACAUAUUCCUAUCUUUGGACUCGCCCUGCUGUGGCCCGAGCACAACUGCAGACCAUCUCAGGAGAAGUGGAUGUGAUUGCUAAGCUGGUCCUGGGGUUGUUGGAAACACCUGGCAUUUCUCUCACUCAGGAAGUGCUGAACCAAGAGCUGAAAAGACUUUCAGAGAAGACAGAAGGUAUUGAGUAUGUCAGAAUGAUGAAACUGCUCCGAAUGGCACUCAGUGGGCAGCAGCGAGGCCCAACUGUUGCAGAGAUGAUGAUAUCCUUGGGACCUAAGGAAGUUCGGGAACGGAUGCAGAGGGUGCUCUUAAGCUAGGAAGAAGAUUUUUAGGAUGGAUGGACAAGGAUAACUAGUGAUCCACUUUGCUGGAAACUGCUUCUGAGACAUCAGAGCUGAAACCAAUGUUCAACAGGAAAUCUGUGGUAUUAAUUUGAGGACUAUAUUUCUCAUGACCCAUAGGUGGAUGACAGGCAGUAUGUAUUGACAAUUCUCCUCAGGUCUGUCUCUUUUUUUAGUCUAGGAAGAGCCCACCCUACAGUCUUAUUCCUUUUCUUGGCUAUAAAAAGGAGCUGUUUUUGGAACCUAUUUCUCCAUUUCCUUGUGUACUAUAUUAUGGACCAGAAGUUUGGAAUUGAUUCUUAGUUCCUGGAACUGGUUUCUAUCUGAACAUCUGACAUUGUAAUAGAUUUGCAGGCUCACAGACAGGCCUCAGGAUUUAAUUGCCUGAGCUCUGGUACUCUCUGGUCUUUGGGCUCUGCACUGGGCUCUGGUUUGGAUUUUGAACAAUAAAAGAUAAGUAAGUCUAGUAAAAUCUCGAGAACAAGUAAAAUGCUGUAAGCUUAACUAGAUGGGACUUUGAAGGAUUUCUCACCAGAGUUAAGGGAGGCAGGACUGAAAGGCUCCUGAAAUAUUAGGACAUUUUUUUCUCUUUUCUUGUCUGAGUGAAUCUAGCAUUAGGGAAUAUUUUCCAGGCAGAAAUGAAAUGCUUUCCAAACCCUUGUAGUGGAAUUAAUCCUCCUGAAAUCCUAUCCAAAGGUGUUAAAGGUGUAACACUUACUUGUGACUUUUGUCUUCUCAUUGGAGAGGUGGGGGGAGAGGGAGGUGGGAGUACAAUAGGGAGGUUAAAUUAUCAUUUUUAUCAAUAACUUUUGUUUGCAUUUCAUAUUUAUUUCUGAAUAUGUUCCUCCCAUUACUCUUAUUCUGUGAACUAUCUCUUGGAACAAGAUUUUUUUUUUUAAGAGAAAAAAAUAAUGUCAAAACCAUGUUUGACAAUAUAUGUAAUAUUUUAGGCCCAUAGUUCUGUUUCGUCACUCCCUGUAUGAAGAAAAAUUCUUUUUCAUAUUAAAUUAAGUAUUAUAAUUAUGUAAUGUUAGAAAAAAGUCUUUUUGUACUCUGUUCCUCCAUGACAAAUAACAAUAACAAUUAUUGCAAAGUCCCAGAAGGACAAGGACUGUGUGCUUCCCUUAGAGUAGAGAAGCUAGUGAAAGACUGGGGCUAUUUUGUGUCUCAUUGGGCCAGGAAAGUUGCAUAGGCUAAUUUCACUGAUGAAUAUUGAUGCAAAGAUUUUAAAUAAUUGUUCCCCCUGAGGCAAUUGGGGUUAAGUGACUUGCUCAGGGUCAUACAGUUAGGAAGUAUUAAGUGACUGAGGUCACAUUUGAACUCAGGUCCUCCUGACUUCAGGGCUGGUGCUCUACCCACUGCACCACCUAGCUACCCCUAAAUAAAAUAUUACUAAAAAGUGACAGCAAUUAAUCACUGGGAUUAAUACAAAAAAAUGCAGGACUGGUUCAUUAUCAAGAAAACUAUUAGCAUAUUUGAGCAUAUUAAUAAGAAAACUAACAGAAAUUAUAGGAUUAUUUUAAUAGGUACAGAAAAAGGAUUUGACAAAAUAUAGCAUUCAUUUGACUGGUUUCCAUAUGUUUUAGAAAUGAGGCCUCUAUCAGAAACACUGGCUAUAAAAAUUGUUUCCCAGCUUUCUGCUUCCCUUCUAAGGUUGCAUUGGUUUUAUAUGUGCAAAACCUCUUUAAUUUAAUGAAAUCAAAAUUAUCCAUUUUGCGUUUCAUAAUGUUCUCUAGUUUGGCCAUAAAUUCCUCCCUUCUCUAAAGAUCUGAUGGGUAAACUAACCUUUGCUCUUCUAAUUUGCUAAUAGUAGUACCUAUUAUGCCUAAAUCAUGUACCCAUUUUGAGCUUAUCUUUGUGUAUAGAAUGAGAUAGUAGUCUAUAUCUAUUUCCUGCCAUACGAUUUUCCAGUUCUAGCAAUUUUUGUCAGUGAAUUUUUAAUCCCAGAAUCUGGAGUCUUUGGGUUUAUCAAACAGUAGAUUACUCUAGUCAUUGACUAUUGUAUCUUAUAUGGUAAACUGGUAUGGGAAAGUUUUCACUUUUACCUUUGCAAAACCUUGUGUUCUCAAUUUUUCUCCCUCUUUCCCCCCCACCUCCUUUCCCAAGACAGCAAGCAAUCUGAUAUAGGUUAAACAUGUGCAAUUCUUUUAAACAUAUCUCAAUAUUUGUCAUUCUGUACAAGAGAAGUCAUGAUCAAAGGGGAAAAAAAGAAGAGAGGGGAAAAAACCAAGCAAACAACAAAAAAGGUGAAAAUAGUAUGCUUCAGUCUCCAUAGUUCUUUCCCCAUUCACUCUCUAUAGUUCUCUUUCUGGAUGCAUUUCCAUACCAAGUCUAUUGGAAGUUCUUUGAAUUGUUGAAAAGAGUCAAGUCCAUUACAGUUGAUUUUCACAUAAUCUUAUGUAUAUAAUGUUCUCCUGGUAAUGUUCACUUCCUUCAGCAUCACUUUGUGUAGAUUUUUCCAGAUUUUUCUGAAAUCAACCUGCUCAUCAUUUGUUAUAGAACAAUAAUAAUCUAUUACAUGCAUAUUCAGCCAUUCCCCAAUUGAUGAACAUUCACUUAAUUUCCAGUUUCUUGGAAACUUAAAAAAAUUGGAAAUUAAAUGGGAAUUAAAAAAAAGUAGCAAUAGAUAUUACGUAGCAUUGAGGAAGCAGGACAGGAAAGUCAUUUUAUGGAGCCAGCAGAUAGAAAGAAAGGGUGAGUUGAGACUCAGGGAUAUCCCUGAGAUAUACCAUGAAAAGAUCCCAUACCUUGAGCAGCCUGUCCCUCACAAUCUUUCAUCUUCUAUUGUCCCCCUCUAGCUGUUUUCCUACUUCUUACCCUAGAGCAAGGAAUCUUUUAAAAAAUUUUUUUUCAUUUUAAUAGUAUUUUGUUUUUCUAAUUAUACAUAGUUUUCAACAUUCAUUUUUGUAAGAUUUUGAAUUUCAGUUUUUUUUUCUCCCUCCCUUACCUCUCACCUCUCACCUCCUCAAGAUACCAGCAAUCUGAUGUAGGUUGUACAUCUACUAUAAUUUUUAACAUAUUUCCAUAUUAGUGAUGUUGGGAAAGAAAAAUCAAACCAAAAGGGAAAAACUAAGAGAAAGAAAAAGCAAACAAAACAACAACAAAAAAGGUGAAAAUAGUAUCUUUUGACCUAUAUUCAGUCUCCAUGGUUCUCUCUUUGGAUGGGGAUGGCAUUUUCCAUCCCAAGUUUAUUGAAGUGAUUAUCACAUAAUUUUGCUUUAACUGUAUACAAUUUUGUCUUGGUUCUGAAGCUCACUUCUCAGCAUCAGUUUGUAUAAAUCUUUCCAGACUUUUUUGAAAUCAGUCUGUAGAGCAAGAGUUCUUAACCUGGGGUCUGUGAACUUGUUUUUUAAAAAAAAUGUUGAUAACUUUAUUUCAGUCUACUAUGAUUUCCUUUGUAAUCAUUUAUAUUUUGUUUUUAGGAAUUCAGAGGCAUUAAUCAGAGGAAUUCAUAGACUUUACCAGACUAUCAAAUGCACUUGUGGUAUUAAAAAAUGUUAAAAGUCUCUUCCCUAGAGUCAUUAACCCUUUAGCCUCUAUCUGUCUUAGCCUUUGUUUCUAACAGUUCUCCCACCAUUAAGGAAGUGUUGCUCCAAUUCAUGGGCACCUGUCAUUUAAACAUAGUGGAGUGCCCAUUUCCAGUUCCAAAGCAUGUUUCAAAUAGAAUUCUGCUUCUUUCUGAGGGGUACUCAGGCGCUUUCUCAUAAGAAAUAUUGAUUAUAUAUAAUAAUGUCAACCUCAAAAACCCAAAGCCUUUGGUUCAACCAUUUUCUUUUGGGUAUAGUCUGAUAAUUUCUAGAGUUCUAGAUUGAUUUAUGUGAAUUGAGAAGAUUUUGCCUUGCCUGUAGUUGUCCACGUUGAAGUUCAUCUACCAUCCUGAAACCUUGUAAGACAUUCCCGACAUUUAUUUUUCUUCUGCCUAGUGGUGAGAGUUGUAUUUCAUUUGUAUGUUUGGAUAUUUCACUAUGCAUUCCCUCCUCUUAGACAUUUACAAAACUAAAAUUGGGCCUAGCUCAUACUUAAGGAGAUCCUCACUCUUUAUAUUCCUCAUAUAUUCUCUAUUAACUUUGACUUUUUUUUACAGAUUAAAUGCCAAUUCCCUUCUUGUAAGAAGACUGGCCCUGUGGUGAUUCCAAUUAGUAACUAGUCUUUAGUGUGAAACUUUAUCAGAGACUUUUAUUUUAAUCAUCAAAGGAGAAUGAUAUCCACUAGAUUUUCAUUAGCCACUUGCUUAUUUACUCCCGUGCCUCACCUCCCCUUCCCCCAACCAGAAAAACUCCAGCUUAUUAGUUAGGCAUAUUUUCCCCUUAUAGAAACCAUGUUGUGUUUUAAAUGUUCUGUAGUUAAAUCCUUUACGAGAAAUUCUGCCAAUUUUUGAGGAAUGAAAAUGACAUGCUAUAAUAUCCAGGGAAAACCUGGAACCCUUCUCAUGGGUAGAGGUAUUGCUGAUGAUGCUUUAGGCCUCUGGUAGGCUAUUUACUAUGACCAGCAAAUCCCUUUUGUCUUUGAGUUCUAUCACAAUUCUGAGGUGGGAACCAUUUAGUUGAGGGGACUUAUUUACUGUUAGUUUGAAGAUGUAAAAAAAAAAAAAAUUCAGGGCUGGAAAAGGCCUUAGGUAUCAUCUGAUCUAACCUCACAGGUAAAACCUGUGAUGUAGGUGAUGAAGGGUAUCAAGGGUGUUCAAGAAAGACUAGCAUCUCUAGUGUGAAGGCUUGCUGAGUCCUUUUUAGGGCUAUUUAUCCACUUUUGGUAUCCAGCCAGUCACCCAACUUUCAUUUGGGGUUCCAAGGAUCUAUAGUAUGCACAGUAAAACCAUCACAGCAGAAGAACUAAACCAGUUUGAGGGUAACUGAUAGGCUUCAAACUAAUGGUGAAGACAUUCCCCAGGGAAAUAGGUGGAUAAGAACAGUUUGUUCCAGCAAGCCAUGAAGCUGGCUGAAGCAGAUUGAAGACAUCAAGGCUAUCUAGUGCAUCCUGGGCUGUCUUUUCUUGUUGCUGGACUUGGAUGACUACAAGAAAAUGGGGCCUCAUUGCACAGUCAUAAUCUGAGGACUUUGUACAAUGCUGCUUCAUUUAAAUUCAGUUCAUGUAUGAGUCAAGAUAUCAUUGUGAUAUUAUUGGUCCUCUUCAAAAACGAAGGGUGAACAAGAAAUGAGGAAACUUAGGCCCACAGAAGUUAAUUAAUAACAUGCCCAGGAUUCUGGAAGAAUGGGCAGACAGAAAAAAAAAAAAAAAAGAAAA